UUUAGCUUCGCUCGAGGUUCUGCCCCCAUUUUAAUGGAGGAAAAGUUGCUUCACAGCGAGAAGGAAGUGGGAAAACACAUUCCUUUUCAUCUGAUUUUGGUCAUGAAAUGAUACAAAUGCUUCAUGAUUUUCCUCCUCUACUGUUGCAAGAUGUAUUCUGGUAUCUGCCUUGAUUUUCCUGAUCUCUCGGGAACUGGCUUUUCAGAGAUGGAACACACUGCGAAAGUAGUCUCCCAUGGUCCAUCAGGGUUGCUGCAGAGUGAUGAACUAUACGAUUACGUGCUCACGACCAGUGUGUACCCCAGAGAAGCAGAGAUUCUGAAGGAGCUCAGAGAUGCUAUUGCAAACCAUCCACAGUCCUACAUGGCAACUGCGCCGGAUGGGGGUCAGUUCAUGGCCCUGCUGCUGAAGCUAUUGAAUGCGAAGAAGACUAUAGAGGUCGGCGUCUUCACUGGAUACUCUCUCCUCCUCACAGCUCUUACGAUUCCGCACGAUGGCAAGAUCAUAGCCAUCGAUGUAGACCGAGAAGCAUACGAGAUCGGAUUACCGUUUAUCAAGAAGGCUAAUGUUGAACACAAGGUCAACUUUGUCGAAUCGCAAGGUUUGCCUGUCCUCGAUAAAUUAUUAGAAAAUCAAGAAAAUGAAAGCAGCUUCGACUUUGCAUUCGUCGAUGCUGACCGGGCAAACCUGAAGAACUAUCACGAGAGGCUGUUGAGGCUGGUGAGGGUCGGGGGUGUGAUCAUGUAUGAUAACACUCUCUGGGGAGGCACUGUAACCUUGGCCGACCUGUCCGCCGUUCACCCAAUGAGGCAAUUCGCAUGGAAGGACACGAUCGAGUUCAACAAGAUGAUAGCCGGCGAUCCUCGGGUCGAUAUAUCUCAAGUCGCGCUGGGCGAUGGGAUGACGAUCUGCAGGCGCAUCUGUUGAUGCCUUUCAAUCAGAGUUUUUGGCAGACCAAAAUAGCACUUGCUCCUCAAUCUUUUGAGAUUUGAACACAAUAGCUUCUGCUACCGAUUGU